AAUUAUAUACACGAGAGACAUAGUUUUCCAAAGUACCUUUAACAAGCCAGGCUUGUUAAAAAAAGGGGGAAGGAAGGCAGGCAGAGAAAGAAAAGGAAGAAAAGGAGGGAAGGGGAAAAAGUGGGGAAAGAAGAAAAAGGGAAAGGGGAGGAAAAGAGGGAGGAAAGGAGAAAAAUAUUUGGUUUUCUCAUGCAAGAUCUUUUCCUUUUGCAGGGCAUCUCCCUCUUUGUGUUCCAAUGCGGAGAGGAGCCAGACGCAGCCGGAGAGAAAGCCCCGCUCGGGAAGAAGGAAGGCAAGAAGGCGGUCUGUGUGGGUGGCCUUUUGGGCUCCUUCUCCUCCUCCUCCCCGUCCCUCCCUUUGGCCCAGGCCCAGGAAGGCCAGGGAGGAGCUGCCAAGGGAGGAGCUGAGGUGCCUCUGCCCAGAGAAAGCGGCAGCAGCAGCAGCAGGAGGGGGCUCGGCACUCUCGCCUUCUCUGCUAUCUGUCAUUCGCCGCUUCUCUUCCGCCAAGAUUGCACCCAACCAGGCCCAGAGACAGGAAGACUCAGUGAUCGGCCAGGAUGUCGGAGGAGGUCAUUGUGCCCGUUUACUGCACCGGAGUCUCGGCACAAGUCCAGAAGCAGCGAGCCAAAGACCUGGGUUUGGGGAAACACGAGAACGCCGUCAAGUACUUAGGCCAGGAUUACGAAAGGCUCCGGAACGAGUGCUUGCAGAGCGGAGGCCUCUUCCGAGACGAGACCUUCCCGGCCUCCGCCGCCUCCUUGGGAUUUAAGGAGCUGGGGCCGAAUUCCUCCAAGACGUACGGCGUCAAAUGGAAACGGCCCACGGAACUGUGCCGCAACCCGCUUUUCAUUAUCGACGGAGCCACCCGCACGGACGUCUGCCAAGGAGCUCUGGGCGACUGCUGGCUCCUCGCCGCCAUUGCCUCCCUCACCCUGAACGACCCCCUUCUCCAUCGUGUCGUCCCUCACGGGCAAAGCUUCCAAAACGGCUAUGCGGGGAUCUUCCAUUUCCAGAUCUGGCAGUUCGGCGAGUGGGUGGACGUGGUGGUGGAUGACCUGCUGCCAACAAAAGACGGCAAGCUGGUGUUUGUGCAUUCCGCAGAAGGCAAUGAGUUUUGGAGCGCUCUGCUUGAGAAGGCCUAUGCCAAGCUGAAUGGCUGCUACGAGGCUCUUUCCGGGGGAAGCACCUCUGAAGGCUUUGAAGACUUCACUGGAGGUGUGACGGAGUGGUACGAUCUCCGGAAGCCACCCAGCGACCUCUUCCAGAUCAUCCUGAAGGCCCUGGAGAGGGGAUCUCUCAUGGGUUGCUCCAUUGACAUCACAAGCGCUUUCGACAUGGAAGCGGUCACUUUCAAGAAGCUGGUGAAAGGCCACGCGUAUUCGGUCACCGGCGGCGAGCAGAUCACCUACCGCGGGCAGAGGGUGAGCCUGAUACGGAUACGAAACCCCUGGGGGGAAGUGGAAUGGACCGGCGCUUGGAGCGACAAUUCCGCGGAGUGGAACACGGUGGACCCAUCGGUGGGGCAGCAACUGAGGAUUAAAAUGGAAGAUGGAGAAUUCUGGAUGUCCUUCCAAGACUUCCUCCGGGAGUUCUCUCGCCUUGAGAUCUGCAACCUCACGCCGGAUGCGCUGAAGUCGCGCAAGUUCCGGAAGUGGAACACGACGCUUUACGACGGCACCUGGCGGAGAGGGAGCACGGCAGGCGGCUGCAGGAACUACCCAGCCACAUUCUGGAUCAAUCCCCAAUUCAAAGUCCGUCUCGAGGAGGUCGACCACGAUGACGAGGAAGACAGCCGGGAGCCUGGCUGCAGUUUUGUCAUGGCGCUGAUGCAGAAGCACCGGCGCCGAGAGAGGCGCCUCGGCAAGGACAUGGAGACCAUUGGCUUUGCUGUCUAUGAGGUACCACCGGAGUACGUAGGGCAACCCUCGGUCCACCUGAAGCGCGACUUCUUCCUCUCCAACUCCUCGCGGGCCCGUUCUGAGCAGUUCAUCAACCUGCGCGAGGUCAGCACCCGCUUCAAGCUGCCUCCCGGAGAGUAUAUCGUGGUGCCUUCCACCUUUGAGCCCAACAAGGAAGGGGACUUUGUGCUGAGGGUCUUCUCUGAGAACAAAGCAGGGACCGUGGAGAUGGACGACGACAUCCAGGCCAAUCUCCCAGAUGAGAAAGUGCUUUCCGAGGGCGAGAUCGACGAGGGCUUCAAGCAACUCUUCAGGCAGUUGGCUGGAGCGGAUAUGGAGAUCAGCGUUACCGAACUGCAGACAAUCCUCAACAGGAUCAUCGGAAAACACAAAGACCUCCGAACCAAAGGUUUCAGCUUGGAGUCCUGCCGCAGCAUGGUGAACCUCAUGGACAGGGAUGGAAAUGGGAAACUCGGUUUGGUGGAGUUCAACAUCCUUUGGACCAAAAUCAGAGGCUAUUUGGCGGUCUUUAGGAAGUUCGAUUUGGACAAGUCGGGAACCAUGAGUGCCUAUGAGAUGCGGAUGGCUCUGGAAUCUGCAGGUUUCAAGCUGAACAAGAAGCUCUACGAGUUGAUCAUCACCCGCUACGCCGAGCCUGACUUGGCGAUCGACUUUGACAACUUCGUCUGCUGUUUAGUGCGACUGGAAACCAUGUUCCGGUUUUUCCAGGCCCUGGACUCUGACAAAGAUGGUAUCGUCACCUUUGACUUGGUUAAGUGGAUCCAGCUCACCAUGUUUGCCUGAAAGAAGAGGACGGAGCCGACCCUGCAUGGCUGCCUGGCCUCCCUUCUCUUCGGACACCUUUUCUUAUUCUUGUUUUUUGUACCUGCAAGUGCCUUUGCGUCACAACGGGAUGGCUUGUUGCCUUUUGUUCCUCUCUCCAUUUUGCUGCCGCUCCUUCUGGGAAAGGAGGGAGAGCCCUCGCUUACACGCAAACACACGCCGCACGCAUCGCCUUCGCAACGCCCACCACUGUGCCUGAACACGCGUGACUUUGGGAGCCUCUCGUGGGUUUGCAGAACCCUGCUUCACGGAACCGCUUCUCGCUCUCCGACGCCAAGGAAUCACACAACGUCGAUGUCUUCGUUGACCAUCAUGUGCCACGAUAUUUCCUAUUUUGUAUUUCGGAAAAGACAGAUUUACAAUUGUUUUGUCAAUUUGGGUCUCGUUUUGGGGCUUUCUCCUGCCCUUAAGCACGAGAUGAGCUUGCAGGAAUCACGCAACGUCAACGUUUUUCUCGAUUGUCCGCCGUGUGCCACAAUAUUGGGACCGAAGGCAUGGUCCACUCCGUAUUUCGGAAGACCACUUUGCAAUUGGUUCACCCAUUUGUGUCUCCUUUUGAGCACGAGAUGAGUUUAAAAUAUUCCACGCCAAGUCGGACCCUCGAAACCCUUUCUCAUGCUUUGCCAAAAUUGCAGGGAAUUUCCCAAUUGUCUUGGAUUUUUCCUGUCGCUCGUAACCGCUUACCUCCAAACUUUGAGCGAUAUACUUCCCGUCUUAUGCAGAGCUCAACCCGGGAACGAAUUGGUCUCAAUCAGGCCUGGGUAAACUUUUGCCCUCUGGACAUUUUGGACUCCAACUCCCACAAUUCCUAACAGCGUACCAACCACAACUUUAGCUCUCUUAUCUGUCUGUCUUUGCUAGCCCUUUGAUAGGCAAAACAAAAGCCUGACCGCUCUGGCUCCUCCGCUUCCAAAGACGAAUUAGGAAUUGUGGGAGUUGGAGUCCAAAAUGCCCGGAGGGCCGAAGCUUACCCAUGCCUGAUCAUGCUUACCCAUGCCCUCCCGUUAUUUUUAUAUUUGCGCCAUUUACAGACAGAUAAGAAGCUUUUGUUUUGCCUAUCAAAGGGCUAGCAAAGAGAGACAGAUAAGAGAGCUAAAGUUGUGGUUGGUAGGCUGUUAGGAAUUGUGGGAGUUGAAGUCCAAAACGCCCGGAGGACCGAAGCUUAUGCCUGAUCGAGACUCUUAUACCCUCCCAUUACUAUAAAAGUAAAUGGUGCAAAUAUAAAAAUAUCUCAUUUCCUGUAUAUGUGUGCGUGCAAAUAUGUAUCAAUAUACACUUUAUUUUUUCCCCCUGGAAGCAUUUGAGUGCUUGCUAAUACUUUGUGUCCUCUUCUGACCGAGGAAUCUGGAACCUAAAAGCAUACUACGUCUCUCUCUCUCUCUCUCUCUCUCUGCUUGUUAUGGGUUGGUUUUAGGAUGCCAAAACGAGACACUUUUUUGUCUUGAGAUGCAUUUGGACAUCCUCACGCUGGGUACUACUGUUCUAUCUCCUUCCUUUUGGUUGUCCCCUCCGUUUUAUAUAUAUUAUAGUAAACAAACAUAUUUUAUUGCCAAAGUAAAUAGAGAAAAUAAAGUUGCUACGGCGAAAAGUGAAA